GUGGUUUGAAUCUUCGUAGCUUGGUAGUACUGCGUUGUAUAACGCGGACAAAGUAAUAGUUUAUGGUUGUAGGUCGUAGGAAGUACUUGAAUUCGUUGGUUCGUUGCAAAUCGAAAACGGACCGUUUGAAAUGAUGCUAACAUUGUGUAUGAAGUUGGCCGAGGGCUCCUUGACGCCUGCGAUAAAAGCGUCCCUGGUUAAGUCAUUGCCAGUAAUACGACCAUCAGUGCCGAAGUACUUGAUCCGCACAUUUGGCGAUGAUGCCCGAAGUACCUUUCAACGUGUAUCUAGACGACGAACACUUAGAGAACGAGCUAUGGCACCUGCUGGUGACACAGCAUUUAAUAUUGGGAAAGGAGCCGUAGCUGGAGGAGCAGCACUUGGACUUGGUGCACUAUGCUUUUAUGGCUUGGGCCUUGCUAAUGAAAGUGGAGCAAUUGAUCGUUCCAUUUUAUGGCCUGAUUACGUUCGCAAACGAAUUAAGGACACGUACUUCUAUUUUGGGGGUUCACUUGGUGUAACAGCAGCCACCGCUGCAGCAGCAUUUCGCUCACCUGGUAUAAUGCGAUUCAUGGGAAGAAACUCAUUAUUAUGUUUGGCAGGAACCCUUGCAGCUGUGAUUGGAAGUGGCAUGGUAGUGCAGAGCAUUCCUUACAAAGAAGGUUUUGGCACCAAGCAACUUGCUUGGAUAGCUCAUACUGCUAUUUUGGGUGCAGUUGUUGCUCCAUUGUGCUUCAUAGGAGGUCCCCUGAUUGUACGUGCUGCUUGGUACACUGCUGGUGUUGUGGGUGGGCUUUCAGCUGUUGCUGUCUGUGCACCAAGUGAAAGAUUCCUCAGUAUUGGCGGACCAUUGGCAAUUGGUUUAGGUGUAGUUUUUGCAUCAUCCCUUGGUUCGAUGUUUCUGCCUGCUACCACUGCCCUUGGGGCAGGUCUGUAUUCCAUCAGUAUAUAUGGUGGCCUCCUGCUGUUCUCUGGUUUUCUUUUGUAUGACACUCAGAGAAUAAUCCGUGCUGCUGAAGUUUAUCCCAUGUAUACCCAGCAUCCAUUUGAUCCAGUUAACGCGUCUCUUUCCAUCUACCUGGAUACCCUUAACAUCUUUGUGCGCAUUGCAACAAUUUUGGUAUCUGGCAACAGGAAGAAAUAAACAUCAUAUCCUCCUCCAUGUUUUAAGAUGUAUACCAUGUUGUAAAUUUAGAUUCACUGUACAAAAUGUUAUGUUGCAUUACAUUUCUAUUUUUUACAUAAUCACACAAUUUAACUU